UUUGGAGUACUAAAGAUAUAGCAUUGGAAAGAAAGGUUAUAAAAUUUAAAACUAAUUUUAAUUACAAUGAUGCAUUGUUUAAUUACAAUUGCCAUAAUUAUGGCUUCAUUCGCCAUUUUCCUAACAAAUGGAGAAUUUUAUUCAUCUGUUCAUCAAAUGUCCAAAGUUAUGGAUUUUGAAUUGAAAAUGUUAAAAAAUAUGCAAAAGUUUAUUGGAAAAAAUCAAAAUAAAUUGGAUUACCUAAAAGAACGUCUGGCUGAAUAUGAAAGAGAACGCAAUGAAGCCGUGCAAAUGGGUUCAUCAUAUUUUGAAAAUCCCGUUAACAAAUAUUUACUCACCAAACGUUUAACAAGCGAUUGGGAUCGCCUGGAAAAUAUUCUACAAUACAAAGAAGGAGAGAAAACCUUAAAGAAAAUUGAAAAUAAAAUUGUCAACGAAUCUGAAUUGGAAGGUGCUUUGGAAGGUGUUCUAAGACUUCAAGAUGUCUAUCGUUUCAAUACAUCCGAUAUAGCCAGUGGUCUUUUCCAGGGUGUUCAAUAUGAUGUCCAUUUUGAUGCUCGUCAUUGUUUCGAUUUGGGAAAGAGGGCGGCUGAAACAGAAUACGUAAAGUUGGGAUAUUUCUGGUUAAAAGAAGCCUUAAAGAGGUCCGCAGAUGAUGCGAGUGUUGAUAAAUUGGAUAUUGAAUUGGCCAUAGCUCAUGUUAAAUUCAAAUUGGGAGACAUCAAGGGGGCCAAUGAAACCUAUGCCGAGCUAUCCAGUCGUUAUCCUGAAAAUGAAAAAGUGGCCAAAUUGUUUUCAGAAUUUGUUGUAAACUCGGCCGAUAAGCCGCAAUACUAUGUCGAUUACAGUGUGGAGCAUGAGCCCCCACCGGAGCAUAUAUUCUCAGCUUCUCGUGAAAAGCUCUACAAGUACACAUGUGCUGGUCUUAUCAAGAAAACCCCGGCCGAUGAACGUGAUUUGCGCUGUGGCUAUUUGGUGGAAACCCAUCCCUUCCUUUGGCUGGCCCCCAUUAAAGUAGAGGAACUACAUCACGAUCCACUGCUGGUUGUCUUCUACGACGUUCUCUCCGAUAAGGAAAUUGAGACAUUGCGUGAUAUGACCAAACGGAUUGAACGUGCCACUGUAAUGAGUCCAAACGGGUCAGUGGUGUCCAAGGUGCGCACUAGCCAAUUCCAAUUUAUACCCGUCACACAUCAUCCACUUUUGGGUAAAAUCGAUCAGCGUGUUGCGGAUAUGACCAAUUUAGAUAUGAAAUAUGCGGAGGAUCAUCAAUUUGCCAAUUAUGGUAUCGGAGGACAUUACAGUGAACAUCAUGAUUAUUUCUAUAUUGAAUCAGUUAAAAAAACGACAAUCAGUGAUUACGAUACCUUGGGAAAUCGCAUUGCAACCCUUUUGUUCUAUCUAAGUGAUGUUGAACAGGGCGGUGGCACUGCCUAUCCUUAUAUGAAAACACUGGUAAUGCCAAAGAAAGGCGCCGCAGCAUUUUGGUAUAAUUUACAUGCUUCCGGUGAUCGGGAUUGGAGAAGUCUUCAUGGCGCUUGCCCCAUCAUUGUUGGUUCUAAGUGGGUACAAAAUCGUUGGAUUCGAGAACACGACCAAAGUGAAAAAAGACCUUGUUACACCUUUAACGAUAAAGUUGAAGAAAUAUUAUAGACUUUAGUUUUACGAUUUAGAAUUAUGUGAUAGAAUAAAUUUAUAUAAUUUA